AUGAAAUUACGAGGCCGAAAGCUCACAGCAACUUUAUCCUUCGUAGCGGGAACUGGCUUCAUCCUUUUCGGAUAUGAUCAGGGUGUCAUGUCUGCGUUGCUUACCGCCAACCAAUUCGAAAAGGUGUUCCCGCAAGUCGUGGUCAGUGAUCAGCAUCCAGACCAUGCUACGCUACAGAGCUUCCUUGUAGCUAUCUACGAAAUCGGAUGCCUUUCAGGCGCAUUGAUAAAUCUCGUCCUCGGAGACAGAUUCGGAAGAAAGCGUACAAUCGCUCUGGGCUGUUUUAUUAUGACUAUUGGAGCGAUCAUUCAAGCAGCGUCUUAUAGCUAUGCGCAAAUUAUAGUUGCCCGUAUCAUCACAGGUGUAGGGAAUGGGUUGAAUACGUCAACCGUGCCUGCUUACCACGCAGAGUGCUCUCCCCCUCAUCAACGCGGUAGUUUAAUUAUGAUAGAAGGAAGCUUGAUCACAUUGGGUAUCAUGAUUUCUUAUUGGAUAGAUUUUGCAUUGUUUUGGGCUUCCGGAUCUUCCGCACAAUGGAGGGUUCCUAUCGCGUUACAAAUUCUGUUUGCUUUGGUAGUAGUUUUCGCUUUGUCAAUUCUCCCUGAAUCCCCUCGUUGGCUCAUGAAAGCUGGGCGACCGGCCGAAGCUCUGGCCGUCAUUUCCGCAUUAGAAGAUAAACCUCACACAGACUCGACAGUCCGAACGACAUUUCAUGCCAUUAAAGAAGCGGUCGCUUUAGAAGGCUCUAACAUAGAUACGUCAAGUUCUUCGGAAAAGGCUUCCCUCAGCGAACUUUUCACUGGUGGUCGGACCCAAAAUUUCAGGCGGGUCGCGCUGGGGGUCAUCAUCCAAUGCUUCCAGCAAGCGAGUCAUCCGUUGCUACUUGGGGAUAAUAUCACGGGCAUCAACCUCAUAACAUACUACGCGACUAUUCUUUUCGAACGCCUCGGCAUCAACGAUGUGAAAUCGCGGAUCCUAGCAGCAUGCAACGGCACUGAAUAUUUUCUGGCUUCCCUCGUUGCCAUCUUUCUCAUUGACCGUGUCGGACGACGGAAGCUCAUGAUAUUUGGUGGUGUUGGCCAGUGCCUCACAAUGGUUCUUCUCGCUGUGCUGGGGAGCAUCAACAACUCGGCAGCCGAUAUUGUUAGCGCUGUCCUCUUAUUCGUGUUCAACUCUUUCUUUGCAAUUGGAUGGCUAGGUAUGACUUGGCUCUAUCCUGCAGAAAUAGUUGGUCUACGAAUGAGGGGGCCGGCUAAUGCCUUAAGUACAGCCAGCAACUGGACGUUCAACUUUCUGGUGGUCAUGAUUACAGGACCCGCAUUCCAGAACAUAUCAUGGAAAACGUACAUCGUUUUCGCCGCUUUGAACGCAUUUAUAAUACCUAUUGUAUACUUCUUUUUCCCGGAGACCGCAGGGAGGUCGUUGGAAGACAUGGACGUAGUGUUUGCCCUUGCGUACCUGGAGAACGUAUCUCCAGUCACCGUAUCUUUGCGAAAGGAUGUGCCUCCAGCAGGAUCCCCUGAGGCCGAGCGCAUUCUUGGGCUACAAGUAGGCUCGAUUUCUAAUAGUGAUGAAGUUUUGCCCAAAGAAGCAGAGGGAACAAAAUCGUAA